CGACGAUGUAUAAAAUUCACUCACAGGAUACUCGAGUAUAACUUAAUUAACAAUUAUUAUGCAAGUAUCACGACUAGUAAAUCUUAAAAUAAGACUCUGUGGCCCUGAUUUGUUCUUCGUCAACGCGGAAAUGUUUGGUCAUAAAAGUGGGAACUGAUAGUGAAUUUGAUUUAAUCAUGCAAACCAUAUCCAAUGCCUGAGGUAUUGCUGCUACUUUAGCCCCAUUUCACAGAAGCUGUUUAAACCAAAUACUCUUGAAACACUAGCUAGUUCAUUUCUGGAAGUAAUUCUCUCUAGCUGUACAGUUUGCAAUAGUAGCUGUAUUUCAAGCCUCCAGGAAAGAAGAAAAGUUCACGUGUUGAUACGCUUUAGAGUGAUGGUAAGCAGAAAAAUUAUGUUCCACAGAAGAUGAGAAGAACUCGUAGGUGGUCAGUAGUUCACAUCCUCUCUGCCAUCUUAUCUUGCUAUACAAUUUUGAUAUUGUCUUCUCUUAAUGGCUGCUCUGCUAUAACUAUUAUAACACCAAAAAGUGGGCUAUUUGAUGGACAAACUCUUGUUUCAGCUGGAAAUAGAUUUGAAUUGGGGUUCUUUGGCCCAUCCACAAGCCCUGAAGUGAAGAGAUAUAUAGGGAUAUGGUACACCUCCAGUCCACAAACAGUUGUUUGGGUUGCUAAUAGACAAAAACCACUUUCAGAUAAAAGUGGAGUUUUAUCUAUUGCAGAUGGCAACCUCAAGCUAUCUGAUAAGAAAGGGAACCGUUAUUGGUCUACAGAGCUUGAGGUCAGACGUUUCAACCUUACGGCAAAGCUGAAUGAUACUGGUAACUUAAUUUUGUUUGAUGCACGGUUGACGGUUCCCUUUGUAUGGCAAAGCUUUGACCAUCCAACAGAUACAUUUCUUUUUGGCAUGAAGAUGGAUGAAAAGUUAGCUUUAAUUUCAUGGACCAGUGAAGAAGAUCCUGCACCUGGGAAUUUCACGUUCCAGCAAGAUCGGGAAGAAAAGAAUCAGCUUGUAGUCAUGGAAAGAAGCAUCCCUUACUGGAGAUCAAGUGGGGCGGAGUCAGGUAAAAUUUUUAAAUCGGAGGAAAUGCCUUCUUUCAUAGUCAACUUCUUGAAUUUUACAGAGAAAAACCCAGAACUUUACAAUGAUACAAGAAUGGUGAUAAAUUUUACUGGAGAUUUACAGUAUUGGAAGUUUGACACAGACAAGAAAAAUUGGUCCUUGAUAUGGUGGGAGCCAAAAGAUAACUGCAGUAAGUUCAAUUUUUGUGGGAACUUUGGCACCUGUAGUCGCAACAAUAAGUUACCAUGCAAAUGUUUGCCAGGUUUCAAACCUAAAUUCUUAGAUAAAUGGAAUGCUGGAGAUUUUUCGGGUGGUUGCUCCAGAAACGAUACAUCAUGUGGCGACGACUUCUUGAGCUUGAAAAGGAUGAAAGUGGAAUAUUCAGGCUCACCGUACGAGGUUAAGGAUGAAAAAGACUGCAGAGAGGAAUGCCUGAAUUUGUGCCAGUGCCACGCAUAUUCAGUUAUCUUCCAAGGAGACUCCAUUAAUUCGUGUUUGACCUGGACAGAGGAUCUCAAAAAUCUUCAGGAGGACCAAGAUGAUGGCUAUGAUCUCUACGUCCGUGUUUCGCGGUCUGAUAUAGAAUCAACAGUUAGAAAUUGUGCGACUUGUGGCACGAAUUUGGUCCCUUAUCCCCUAAGCACUGGACCAAAAUGCGGUGAUCCAAUGUACUUCAGUUUCUACUGUAACAACAAGACAGACCAGCUAUGCUUCAUGGCACCUAGUGGCAAUUAUAGUGUCAUUAGUGUCAAUCGGGAGGCACGAAUAUUUGUUAUCCAAAUACAAGCCGAUGAAGCAGAUAAUUGUGGUGGUAUGCAUUCGUCAGGAAGCAAAAUUCUGCAGCUCAGUGAAUCAUCGCCAUUCAAUGUGACUAGAAGGUACAGUGAUUAUCUAGGCAACUUUACUACUGAUUCUUCACUAAAUGGUGCAGUUGAAGUAGAAAUUACGUGGAAGCCACCGCCACAGCCAACCUGUAAUGCAUCUGUUGACUGCAAGGAUUGGCCGCAUUCAACUUGCAAUGAAACAGGAAAUGGACAAAAAAGGUGCCUUUGUAAUACUAACUUUCGUUGGGAUGGCUCAGCUUUAAAUUGUACUCGAGAAGGUGGACAUUUGGAAGAGCAUUUUAAUAAAAACAAGCCACUUCCUCUGAUUUUUGGAGUAUCUGUGCCAAUUGCAAUGGGCAUUUUGUGUGCCGUUGUUUCUAUCCACAUGUGGAGAACAAAGCUGGUAAAGAGGCGAGCAAAACAAAGAAAAACUGCUCUUCAUCGGUAUGACACUGAGAGAGGUGUUAAAGAGUUAAUGGAGUCGAGCCAUUUGGAGGAAAAAGAUGGGACGGGCAUAGACGUUCCUUUCUUUGAAUUUGAAAGCAUACUAGCUGCAACAGACAAUUUCUCAGAAGAAAACAAACUUGGGAAAGGAGGGUUUGGGCCGGUUUACAAGGGUAAGUUUCCAGGAGGUCAAGAAAUUGCUGUAAAGAGGCUCUCAAGUGUUUCAGGACAGGGCUUGGAUGAAUUCAAAAAUGAGGUUGUGUUGAUUGCUAAACUUCAACACAGGAAUCUUGUGAGGCUAUUGGGGUACUGCAUAAGAGGAGAGGAAAAGAUUCUACUCUAUGAAUAUAUGCCCAACAAAAGCUUAGACUCUUUGAUAUUUGAUGAAUCAUUUAGCCAACGAUUGGACUGGAAGACACGCUUCAACAUCAUCAUAGGAAUUGCUAGAGGAUUGCUUUAUCUUCACCAGGAUUCCAGGUUGAGAAUCAUUCACAGAGAUUUGAAAACUAGCAACAUACUACUAGAUGCAGAGAUGAAUCCAAAAAUAUCCGAUUUUGGCCUUGCAAGGAUGAUCCAAGGAAAACAAACUGAAGGAAACACAGUUAGAGUAGUUGGAACAUAUGGGUAUAUGGCGCCAGAAUAUGCAUUAGAUGGACUUUUCUCAGUAAAAUCUGAUGUUUUUAGCUUUGGCGUCAUCAUGCUUGAGAUCAUUAGCGGAAAAAAGAACAUGAGAUUUUAUCAGGAGGAACAUGCCCCAAGCCUAAUUGGUUAUGCAUGGAGAUUGUGGCAAGAAGGUAAGGCAUUGGAUUUAAUGGAGGAGACAGUGCGGUCAAGUUGCAAUGCAAGUGAGUUUUUGAGGUGUGUCCACGUUGGACUGUUAUGCGUGCAAGAAGAUUCCAACGAUCGCCCCACCAUGUCCAAUGUUGUUAUCUUACUGGGUAACGAAACUGUGAGCCUUCCUAUUCCUAAACAGCCAGCCUUUCUGACGAGGAAAACCCUUUCUAGCACAGCUUCUACCUCCAGUAAAGCUGAAAUUAAUACUGAGAUCACUGCUACUCUGGAAGAAGAUACUAUUAAUAAAAAUCACAUGUUAAUUUCGAUCAGUGAUGGUGGAGAUAGGAUGAUUUCAACAGGAAAAAGGUUUGAACUAGGAUUUUUCACUCCUAAUGGAAGCUCUAACUAUAGGAGAUACGUGGGGAUAUGCUAUUAUAGUUAAAAUCCGCAAACAGUUGUAUGGGUUGCCAAUAGAGACAAGCCACUUUUGGACGAUAGUGGAUUCCCUUUUGUUGGAGUGGAUGGCAACCUCAAGGUGCUGGAUGGAAGCGGGAAAUCUUUCUGGUCAACGAAUCUUGAAGCAGUGUCUUCUGGAUAUAGAAAAGCCAGGUUGACGGAUGCUGGGAACCUGGUGCUGAGCAAUGAAGAACAAGAAAACCACUCAGCCGACGUUAUCUGGCAGAGUUUUGAUAAUCCAACUGACACAUUUCUUCCAGGCAUGAGAAUGGAUGGAGACAUGAUACUAACUUCUUGGAAAAGUUAUGAUGAUCCAGCUCCGGGGAAUUUCACAUUUCAGAUAGACCAAGAAAGAGUUAACCAGUUCAUCAUUUGGAAAAGAACAAGAAGGAAUCGGAAAAGUGGUGUUCGGGUAAAUCAUUGGGCCUGUGGGAUGCCUUCAGCCAUGCCAUCAGCAAUUUCUUUCUUUUUGUCAAAUUUUACCUCAGUUAUACUCCAUAACGAGUCCAUGCCUCAUCUUACUUCAUCAUUAUACAGUGAUACAAGGUUGAUUAUCAGUUUCUCCGGUCAAAUUCAGUAUUUUCAGUGGGAUUCUGAGAAGAUCUGGGCCUUGAAUUGGGCAGAGCCCAGUAAAUGCAGUGUCUACAAUGCAAGUGGAAAUUUCGGUAGCUGCAACAGCAACAAUGACUUGAUGUGCAAAUGUUUACCUGGCUUUGCACCUAGUUCACCAGAAAAUUGGAAUACUGGAUGCACUAGAAAGUCAAGGAUAUGCAACAAGAACGCUGAGAGUGACACAUUCUUGAGUUUGAAUAUGAUGGAAGUGGGGAAUCCAAACUCGCAGUUUAAUGCUCAGAAUGAAAUGGAAUGCAAAUUAGAGUGCCUUAACAACUACCAGUGCCAGGCUUAUUCCUAUGAAGAACCUGAUAUUGUUCCACAGGGUGGUAGCAGCAUUGCUGCAUGUUGGAUAUGGUUGGAAGGUCUCAACAAUAUCCAGGAGGAGUAUGAAGGUGGCCACAACCUUAAUGUCCGGUUAGCAGUUUCUGAUAAUCAACCAGAAGAAGUUGUGAGACUUGUCGCACAACCUGAUUCCCUAUCCACUGAGCACUGGACCAAAGUGUGGUGAUGCCCUGUACCUCAGUUUUCACUGCAACAUCUCUUCAGGGGAAGUUACCUUUGAUGUGCCCAGUGGCACCUAUAGAGUGACAAGCAUAAAUCCAGAAAUACGGAAAUUUACCAUUCAAACCAACGAUGCAAAUGAUUAUAAGGCUGGAAAUUCAGGUGACAAUUUCUUUCAGUUCAAGCAGCCAUCGCCAUUUCAUGUUACUAGCAGGUGUAAUGCAGAUGAAGUAGAGAUAGGCUGGGAUCCUCCAUUGGAGCCAACCUGCUCUUCAA